AUGCAGCUUCCCAGGUGGUUGCUAGGGGCGUGUCUGUGGUUGCUAUGCAUUACAGAGGUCUGGACAGUGACCUUUAAGCUGGCUCUGAUUGGUCCAUGGUCAUGUGACCCCAUGUUCUCCAGGGCAAUGCCAACAGCAGCGGCCAACCUGGCGUUGUCACGGUUGAGAAGUGACAGCAGUCUGAGCAGAGGUUACUGGUACGAUGUGAAACUGCUGGAGGAGGACUGUUCUGCCUCCAAAGCUCUAAUGGAACUUGGCGACAUGGAGGGUUACGGCCACGCCUAUAUCGGGCCAUUUAACCCUGCGCUCUGUCACGCUGCUUCCUUAUUGGCUCAGCAUUGGGAGGUGGGGCUUGCUUCUCCUGGCUGCCUGGAUGCUGAUUGGCCGAACCUGCCUCCCAUCACGCCGCCCAGCAGGGUCCUGUUCACUGUGCUCAAGUUCUUCCAGUGGGCGCACGUCGCCAUCAUCUCAGCUCCAUCCGACCUAUGGGAGAGCACCGGACAAGAAACGGCCUCUGCUCUCAGAGCUCUGGGCCUGCCGAUUGGUCCGGUGGUUACCAUGGAAACAAGGAACAAGGGCGGACCCCAGGAGGCGCUCAGAGUGGUCAGAGAGGCCGACAAGGUCAAAGUGGUGAUCAUGUGCAUGAGCUCCGUCUUGAUUGGAGGGGAGGAUCAGAGAGAGCUGCUAUUGGCUGCUUUGCACAUGGGGAUGGUUUCAGAUGGUUAUGUGUUUAUUCCAUAUGACGCUCUGCUGUACGCUAUGCCGUACCAGGACACAGCUUUCCCUCAGCUGACCAACAGCACACAGCUUCGUCAUGCCUACAGCUCUGUUCUGACUGUUUCAAUGGCGUCUGACCAGAGUUUCUAUGAAGCUUUUCGUCAGGCUCAAAUCAACCGAGAGAUCCGGUCUGCCAUUUCUGCUACUGAGGUGUCUCCGGUCUUUGGGACCAUCUUUAACAUGGUAUACUUCGUUGCUAAGGCGGUGGAGGAGCGUCGUGAAAAAGCGGGCGGGCACUGGGUGACGGGUGAUCAUCUCAUCCAAUCAGAUGGAGGCUUUGAUUUCCAAGGCUUUAAUCAGGAGUUGUAUGGCGGCAAACAGGGGCGUGGCUUGCAGGCCAAGUAUGUGGUGUUGGGCAGCGAUGGUGACCGACUUGUGCCGACACACUUGCUUGCCCCGGCGCACACUGAUGGGACAGUUGGGGGUCUGAGGCCAUUGAGUCGCUCCCUCACCUUCCCUGGAGGAAAACCCCCCACCGCCAGCUUCUGUUGGUUCAGUCCAGAGGAGGCCUGCAGUGGAGGUUUGGACACGGUGACGAUGUUCUUUGUUCUUUUGCUGCUCUGCGUUCUGGUUGGAGCUUUAUAUUACUUGAUCAGGAAGUGCAAGACAGCAGCGAACAUCACCAAACUCAUCCUGACUCUGGACGACAUCGUCUUCAUUGACACUCAAGUCAGCAGGAAGAAACUGAACGAUGAGUCGAUCAUGAGGAGUCUUCUGGAAAUUAAAACUCCGUUCCGCUCGAUUGCUCGAAGUUACAUCCUGACGACACCCGAGAGCUCCAAUAUAGGAAUACUGGAGGGUGACUGGGUUUGGCUUAAGAAGAUUCCUGUUGGAAAUAUCGUAACAGCUGUCAAUCAAAACACCCAGACUCUGUUCAGCCAGCUGAGGGACAUGCGCCAUGAGAACUUGAACCUGUACGUGGGUCUGUUUCUGGACUCGGGGAUCUUUGCUCUGGUGGUUGAACACUGUCCUCGAGGAAGUCUGGCUGACCUGCUGGCCGACAGCAACAUGAGGCUGGACUGGAUGUUCAAGUCCUCCCUGCUCAUGGACCUGAUCAAGGGGAUGAAGUACCUGCACCUGCGAGGCUUGAGUCACGGUCGUCUGAAGUCCACAAACUGUUUAGUUGAUGGACGCUUUGUUCUGAAAAUCACGGACUAUGGACUUCCCAUGAUCCUCCACUCUCAGAGCCUCAUCCUUCCUGAGGACCCACAAGAGCUGCUGUGGACGGCUCCGGAGCUCUUGAGGAAACCAGUCCGAGGAGGCUCGUGUGCUGGAGAUGUCUUCAGUUUCUCCAUCAUCAUACAGGAAGUGAUCUCACGAACGCUGCCAUACGCAAUGAUGGACAUGCCCGUCCAUGAGAUACUGGAGCGUUUGAAACAGCCUCCUCCUCUCUGCAGACCACUGGUUUCGGUGGACGAAGCUCCUGCCGAGUGUCUCAGUCUAAUGAAUGAGUGUUGGAACGAGGAUCCGAGUAAGAGGCCGAGUUUCGAUGACAUCUUUAAACAGUUUCGGGGAAUUAACAGAGGAAAGAGGGCAAACAUCAUCGACUCCAUGUUGCGGAUGUUGGAGCAGUACAGUUCAAACCUGGAGGAUCUAAUCAGAGAGCGAACAGAUGAACUGGAAGUAGAGAGAAACAAGACAGAGAAACUGGUUGGACAGCUCCUGCCAAAGUCUGUGGCUCAGGCUCUGAAGAAAGGGAGGCCGGUCCAACCUGAACAUUAUUCAGACUGCACUCUUUACUUCAGUGAUAUUGUUGGAUUUACAACUAUCUCUGCUCUCAGUGAACCCAUCGAGGUAGUUGACCUGCUGAAUGACCUCUACACCAUGUUUGAUGCCAUCAUUGCUACUCAUGAUGUCUACAAGGUAGAAACCAUUGGAGAUGCCUACAUGGUGGCUUCAGGUGUUCCCAACAGAAAUGGGAUUCGACACGCAGCUGAAGUGGCCAACAUGUCUCUGGACAUCUUGCACUCCAUCGCAGCUUUUAAAAUCAAACACAUGCCUGAGAUUAAAGUCAAAAUACGCAUUGGACUGCACUCAGGUGCGGUGGUAGCAGGUGUGGUGGGUCUCACAAUGCCCAGGUAUUGUCUGUUUGGAGACACAGUGACCACAGCCUCACACAUGGAAGCCACUGGACUGCCCUACAGGAUCCACAUAAGUCUGAGUACAGUGAAGGUCCUGACCAGUCUCAAACUGGGAUACCACAUAGACACCAGAAAAGCACAGGUGAAGGGCACGGUGGACACGUACUGGUUGAUGGGUAGAGAUGAUUUCGAUAAACCUCUUCCUGUUCCUCCAGACCUCACGGGAGGGGCCAGUAAUCAUGGUAUCAGUCUGGAUGAGAUUCCAAUUGAAAGACGGCAAAAGUUUCUGGACAGACAGAAAAGGAUAAAGAAAUAA